CGCUCCCCGAGGACGAAACAAGCAAGGACCCUCAUCGACAACGCACACACACACACUUGUUGGGCGACGAGCUCGGAUCACUUAGGCGCUUCCAGCUCCCUGCGGGCACCCGGAGGGCCAGACCACGGACAUAUGUCCACGUAUACAUACAUCUGUACAUAUGUGCACACAGACAUACCUCCUGCACACCAGCGCCCACUGGGGCACCCUCACUAGCUCAAAAUCCUCUUCAGCGUCUGCACGCUUAGCAGCACGGACACACCACCCGUGGCCAUACAGAGCAACAGAAAACAACGGGUGUGACAUUUGGCGACGUGGACACACAAACACAAUCCCGGUCACUCAUGUAUGAGUACCACAGCCACAGUUCGCCAGAUGAACACUCAAAACCUAGCCUCACACACACAUAUUCCUUUAAGGAACACAACCCAGCAUAAAUCAUGUUACCCACUCCUUGGCCAGAACAUAAGUACACAUCACGGGUCUCGCUUGCACCUCUCCACUGCACCCACAUAAUCACACAACCCAGUGUCUCAGCACACGCCUUGCCUGCACACACCCUAACACAGUAAGUAGCACCUACAGCAGCGCCUGACGGUCACAAACACAGAAUCCAUUGCUUCACAUAUCUUAACACUGGGUGUCACACACACCUUGCACCAACAGUGUCACAUUACACCUUGCAGCGUAUACACACACACACUCUGUCCCUCUCCCUUGGAGGCCGGAUUCCGUCGGGGAAAGCCGCCUGGGAGCCCCUAGCGCCCCUUCACCUUAAUCACGACAUUGUUAUUGUAAAUAUCGGCACAGCGGGAACCCUAGGGGCCGGCCGGACCGGCUUCCCUGCCGGCGCCUCCCCCACCCCCACUCCGGGGCCGGGCUGGCCGGGUAUUCCCGGAACAAGCUGGACCUGGCAGGCCGCGCCAUCCCUCCUGGGCCCCAGGGCCCUAGGUCCUUUUGCAGAGGGUGUAAGCCUAGGGCAGUGUUUGCGACCCUCUUCGGACCAUUUAGCUGCGUUCUCUUUGCCAUCUGGGUCCCCAGCACACCUGGGUCCCUCACACCCUCUCACAGCUGGGCACCCCUGCCCGGGGUCCUGGUUGCAGGCCAGAGACGUGUGCGCGGGCAAGGCCCUAGGGCCAGAAGGGAGAUCGCGGCACGCUCAGGAACAAAAUUGGUAGGCGAGAUGGACUGGCACCCCUCCCCCCCCCCCAGCUACUCUCGGUAGCUCAGACUUCUGGCCUCAGUUUCCCCGGCACUGUUCGGCAACGAUUCCUACUGGCAGGAAAUAUUCGGGGCGGCGUUGAGGUCUUUGAGGACUGAGCGCGGGGCAAAGGCCCCUUUUCCACCCGCCGCGAGAGGGUCCGUUUCAGGAGAAUGUCCCCUCCCGGCCGGGCUCGCUGCUUUGUGAUUCCGGCGCCGGCUCCCUCCCCGCCCCCUCCCGGCGCCCGGUGCGCGGCUCCCGCCGACGCCCGCUUGCGGGUGACCUGAGGCUGAGGCCCUGAUGCGAAGGAGGAGGGAUUCCCCGCGGCGGCCCCUGGGGCGGGGGGCGCACAGGGGCCCACUGGCCGAGGCGCGUUCUCAUGGUGCCGCGCCCCCGCCUCGCCUGGAGCUCGCAGAGGCCCGGCGCCGCCGGAGUGGGGGUGGGGCCGCCCGAGCCCGACGAUGGUGGAGGAACAGCAGCCCUCCCCCAAAUACACCUCCGCGUCCUCUGGGAGGAGACGCCCCGCCGCUGGGUGUCUGCGGGGAGCGCCCGCUGACCGCGGCCGCGUAGACAGGGGGUUGCCCCUGCCGACGGAGUCCAAGACUUCAUGCCGGAAGACGGAGGGAGCCUUCCAUUACCUGCUCUGGGCCAACCCUCCGUAGCUGCCGGGAAAGAGGGCACCCAGAAGAUGUUUGCGACAGCCCAGAGCCCUUCUGAUUCUGGAGCCUGCGAGGAUGGGGCCCCUGAAGCCCAGCCCAGGCCCUGGGGGGCAACAAUUGCUGCUGCCCCCCUUACUGCUGGCACUGCUGCUCCUGCUGGCUCCAUCCCCAGGCCACGCCACUCGGGUGGUGUACAAGGUGCCAGAGGAACAGCCACCCAACACCCUCAUUGGGAGCCUUGCAGCCGACUACGGUUUUCCAGACGUGGGCCACCUGUACAAACUAGAGGUAGGCGCCCCGUACUUGCGGGUAGAUGGCAAGACAGGUGACAUCUUCACCACUGAGACCUCUAUUGACCGCGAGGGGCUCCGUGAGUGCCAGAACCAGCUCCCUGGUGAGCCCUGCAUCCUGGAGUUUGAGGUGUCUAUCACGGACCUCGUGCAGAAUGGCAGUCCCCGGCUGCUGGAGGGCCAGAUAGAGGUACAGGACAUCAAUGACAACACACCUAACUUCGCCUCGCCAGUCAUCACGCUGCCCAUCCCCGAGAACACUAACAUUGGCUCGCUCUUCUCCAUCCCCGUGGCUUCGGACCGCGACGCUGGCCCCAACGGUGUGGCAACCUAUGAGCUGCAGGCCGGGCCUGAGGCCCAGGAGCUAUUUGGACUGCAGGUGGCAGAGGACCAGGAAGGGAAGCAGCCACAGCUCAUUGUGAUGGGCAACCUGGACCGGGAGCGCUGGGACUCCUAUGACCUCACCAUCAAGGUGCAGGAUGGUGGCAGCCCCCCACGCGCCAGCAGUGCCCUGCUGCGAGUCACCGUGCUCGACACCAAUGACAACGCCCCCAAGUUCGAGCGGCCCUCUUAUGAGGCCGAGCUGUCUGAGAACAGCCCCAUAGGCCACUCGGUCAUCCAGGUGAAGGCCAAUGACUCGGACCAAGGUGCCAACGCAGAGAUCGACUACACGUUCCACCAGGCACCUGAAGUUGUGAGGCGUCUUCUGCGACUGGACAGGAACACUGGACUUAUCACUGUGCAGGGCCCCGUGGACCGUGAAGACCUAAGUACCCUGCGCUUCUCAGUGCUUGCCAAGGACCGAGGCACCAACCCCAAGAGUGCCCGUGCCCAGGUGGUGGUGACUGUGAAGGACAUGAAUGACAAUGCCCCCACCAUUGAGAUCCGGGGCAUCGGGUUGGUGACCCAUCAAGAUGGGAUGGCUAACAUCUCAGAGGAUGUGGCAGAGGAGACAGCUGUGGCCCUGGUGCAGGUAUCAGACCGAGACGAGGGAGAGAAUGCAGCUGUCACCUGUGUGGUGGCAGGUGAUGUGCCCUUCCAGCUACGCCAGGCCAGUGAGACGGGAAGUGACAGCAAGAAGAAGUACUUCCUGCAGACCACCACCCCACUUGACUACGAGAAGGUCAAAGACUAUACCAUCGAGAUUGUGGCCGUGGACUCCGGCAACCCGCCACUCUCUAGCACCAACUCCCUCAGGGUGCAGGUGGUGGACGUCAAUGACAACGCACCUGUCUUCACCCAGAGCAUCACUGAGGUCGCCUUCCCUGAAAACAAUAAGCCAGGUGAAGUGGUCGCUGAGGUCACUGCCAGUGAUGCUGACUCGGGCUCCAAUGCUGAGCUGGUUUACUCUCUGGAGCCUGAGCCGGCUGCCAAGGGUCUCUUCACCAUCUCACCUGAGACUGGAGAGAUCCGGGUGAAGACAUCCCUUGAUCGGGAACAGCGGGACAGCUACGAGUUGAAGGUGGUGGCAGCCGACCGGGGCAGCCCCAGCCUCCAGGGCACAGCCACUGUCCUUGUCAAUGUGCUGGACUGCAAUGACAAUGACCCCAAAUUUAUGCUGAGUGGCUACAACUUCUCCGUGAUGGAGAACAUGCCGGCGCUGAGUCCAGUAGGCAUGGUGACUGUCAUUGAUGGGGACAAAGGGGAGAAUGCCCGGGUGCAACUCACGGUGGAGCAGGACAAUGGUGACUUCGUUAUCCAGAAUGGCACAGGCACCAUCCUCUCUAGCCUGAGCUUCGAUCGGGAGCAGCAAAGCACCUAUACCUUCCAGCUGAAGGCAGUGGAUGGUGGUGUCCCACCUCGCUCAGCUUAUGUUGGCGUCACCAUCAAUGUGCUGGAUGAGAAUGACAAUGCACCCUUCAUCACCGCCCCUUCCAACACCUCCCACCGUCUGUUGACCCCCCAGACACGUCUUGGUGAGACAGUCAGCCAAGUGACAGCUGAGGACAUUGACUCCGGUGUCAAUGCUGAGCUGACCUACAGCAUUGCUGGUGGCAACCCUUACGGACUUUUCCAGAUUGGGUCACAUUCAGGUGCCAUCACCCUGGAGAAGGAGAUUGAGCGGCGCCACCAUGGGCUGCACCGCCUAGUGGUGAAAGUCAGUGACCGUGGCAAGCCCCCACGCUAUGGCACAGCCUUGGUCCACCUUUAUGUCAACGAGACCCUGGCCAACCGCACGCUGCUGGAGACCCUGCUGGGCCACAGCCUGGACACACCACUGGACAUCGACAUUGCUGGGGAUCCAGAAUACGAGCGCUCCAAGCAGCGUGGCAACAUCCUCUUUGGUGUAGUAGCUGGUGUUGUGGCCGUGGCCUUGCUUAUCGCCCUGGCAGUGCUCGUGCGCUACUGCCGGCAGCGGGAGGCCAAGAGUGGCUACCAGGCUGGGAAGAAGGAGACCAAGGACCUGUAUGCCCCUAAGCCCAGCAGCAAAGCCGCCAAGGGAAACAAAGGCAAGGGCAAGAAGAGCAAGUCUCCGAAGCCUGUGAAGCCACUGGAGGACGAGGAUGAGCCUGGGCUGCAGAAGUCCCUGAAGUUCAACCUGAUGAGCGAUGCCCCUGGGGACAGCCCCCGCAUCCACCUGCCCCUCAACUACCCACCAGGCAGCCCUGACCUGGGCCGCCACUACCGCUCUAACUCCCCACUGCCUUCCAUCCAGCUGCAGCCCCAGUCACCCUCGGCCUCCAAGAAGCACCAGGUGGUGCAGGACCUGCCACCUGCAAACACAUUCGUGGGCACCGGGGACACCACGUCCACGGGCUCUGAGCAGUACUCCGACUACAGCUACCGCACCAACCCCCCCAAAUACCCCAGCAAGCAGUUACCUCACCGCCGCGUCACCUUCUCCGCCACCAGCCAGGCCCAGGAGCUGCAGGACCCGUCCCAGCACAGUUACUAUGACAGUGGUCUGGAGGAGUCUGAGACGCCGUCCAGCAAGUCAUCCUCGGGGCCCCGACUCGGGCCCCUGGCUCUGCCUGAGGAUCACUAUGAGCGUACCACCCCCGACGGCAGCAUCGGAGAGAUGGAGCACCCCGAGAACGACUUGCGCCCUUUGCCUGAUGUCGCCAUGACGGGCACAUGUACCCGGGAGUGCAGCGAGUUUGGCCACUCUGACACAUGCUGGAUGCCUGGCCAGUCGUCUCCCAGCCGCCGGACCAAGAGCAGCGCCCUCAAACUCUCCACCUUCGUGCCUUACCAGGACCGAGGAGGGCAGGAGCCUGCGGGCGCCGGCAGCCCCAGCCCCCCGGAAGACCGGAACACCAAAACGGCCCCCGUGCGCCUCCUGCCCUCCUACAGUGCCUUCUCCCACAGUAGCCAUGAUUCCUGCAAGGACUCGGCCACCUUGGAGGAAAUCCCCCUGACCCAGACCUCGGACUUCCCAACUGCACCCACACCGGCAUCUGCCCAGACGGCCAAGCGUGAGAUCUACCUGUGAGCCCCUUUCUGGCCGGCGGCCACCCCCGCCCCCAGCCGCUGGCCAGCUCCCAGAUGGGCCCAUUCCCGGGCCCCCACUCCUGACCCCUCCAGCGUGGACUUCCUGGCCAGGGCCCUGAGUAGGGAGGAGUACUGGCCUCAUGACCAUGCUGGCCCUUCCCCGAUGCAGGGUCCAGGUCCUCUCCCCUCACUUCAUCCCCCAGGCCCCGGGAGCCCCUUCUUCCCCUUUAUGGGGCUCCCCCCAGCUAAUGCCCAAGAGGGCUCCUCUACAAUGACUGGGCUCCCUUCCUUCGACUUCCAGGGAGCGACCCCCUCGCUUUGGGCAGAUGGUGGAGUCAAGGGUGGGCAGCACACUUUUAACUCAUUGUUUCCCGCAUGGCCGACCAGGGCGGGGAUAGGAUGCCCCCAUUCCAGCCCUGAAGCAGAGCUGAACUGGGGAGCCCCUCUCCCUGGGAACUCCCAGAGGAAACUCUUGCUUACCAGGGGUUUCCUGAGGGGCUUUUGUUACCAAAGGUGG